AUGUCUCUGGUGGGCAUCUCCUAUGACUAUGUCGAUAAGGGUUUACUACUGGCAUUUGAAGAGAGAUUUCAUUUUGAGACCAGUAGUUUCCAUCUCCCUGUGAGUGAGAUGACCGUGACUUUAGAUGAUGUGUCAUCGUUGCUGCACCUCCUAGUGUUAGGCCAAUUAUGUGAUCUGGAAGAUGUAGAUUUUGAAGAAAGUAGAUGCACCAUUGUGGAUGACGGGAGAGCUAGUGCUGAGUUACAUGCAGCUCACGGUGCGAAAGUUAGAUUGAGUUGGCUUCGAGACAUCUACGUUGAGCACUGUGAGCAGCAACAGUGGGAGUAUGCUGCCCGGACAUACUUGUUGCAUCUAGUUGGAUGCAGUAUAUUUGCUGAUAAGACUGGCACAUCCAUUCGUGUGUCUUAUCUUUUGCUCUUUAGAGACGUACAUGCAUGUGGUCGAUAUGCCUUGGGCGUUGCUGCACUAGCAUAUAUGUAUGAGCAGGUAGGAGAUGCCAACUUGGCUUCAACCAGACAGAUGGAAGGUUAUUUGACUCUAUUACAGAGUUGGAUAUAUGAGCAUUUCCCUACGUUGGGAAGAAGGCGUCUGGUGUCUUCGUACAUGGAAGACAAACCGCGUGCUGCGAAAUGGGAGUCACCGAGGCAGGGUUCCACCCUCUUAGAGGUCAGGGUACACUUGGAUGCGCUAACAUAUGAUUUAGUCAUUUGCUACCCUUAUGAGUCACAUCGGGAGACUCGUCCUUUUUACGGCGUUUGUAUUUUCUCGGGAUGGAUCAGGAUUGGUGACACGUUGUGUCGACAUUUUCCUGAGCGUGUUUUGAGGCAAUUUGGGUUUCAGCAGUCUAUCCCUCGAGACACACCCGUUGUUGCAAAUGUGGACAUACUGGCCACCGAUGAUGCCUGGUUGCACUAUCAUGAUCACGUAGGGGUGUGUUCAUUGGCAGAUUCCAUUUGA